UAAAUAGACCACAAGGCCAAAAAAUCCUAUCGAUCCGCUUCAUUCCCACCAUCUUCGUCUCAUCUGAGCAAAAAACUUGCCAUUUUUACGGGUAAACGCGCUAAGUAAUCAGGGUAGCCAUGAGCACGGGCGAGGAUUUCUUCGUGCUCGACCUCAUACGCGAGCAUCUUCUCGGUGAUUCCAUCGCGGUACCAGACUUCCUGCUCACCGACUCAACACCGGAUCCUUACUGUUAUCGGAUCCCAAACUUAGUUGCGCCCGUUAUCAGUUUCAGAUCCGACCCGGAACGCCGACCCGCCGCGCUAUCCAUCUCGCACCCCCCACCGCCUGUGGUUGAGUGGCGUGAUUCACCGGCACCGGCACCGGAGCCAGAGCCAGAGCCGGAGCCAGCGCGGGAUACGAGGAGGUACCGUGGAGUGAGGCAACGGCCGUGGGGGAAGUAUGCGGCGGAGAUCAGAGAUCCAAAUCGGAAGGGAUCUCGUGUCUGGCUUGGUACCUUUGACACCGCCGUUGAGGCGGCGAAGGCAUACGAUCGCGCCGCCUUUCAGAUGCGCGGUUGCAAGGCGAUACUUAAUUUCCCAAACGAGGUUGCCAGCUCAGGCGAUCGGGCGGCGAUGCAAAUGACAUCGGUGGUCACCGGGACAAAGAGAAGAAGGGUAACAGAGGAGACAGAGAAGGGGAUGAAGGCGGUGAAGAGAGAGAGCUCACCGGAGGAGGAGACGGGGCAACUGACGCCAUCGAUCUGGAAGAGCGUUUGGGAGGAGUCGGAAGGGAAGGGGAUCUUCAGCUUGCCGCCACCCUCGCCGCUCUCUCCGCACCCCUCGCUUGGUUUCCCCCAACUCUUGGUACAAUGAGAAAGAGAACGAAAGAAAGCGCUUCUUCUAGAAUGUCCUUUUUAUAAUUAAAA